AUGGCCAGCAAGUAUCCGCUUUUGUUGGGUGUGCAAAUUCUGAUGCUCGUCACCGACAUCGCCUUCAAUGCAGCUGCAGUGCUAUUGUUUGGAAACAGUAUUGUACUGCUUAUGAUGUACAUACUUCAAAAUACUCUAAUACUGGUGUCGAUAAUUGUUUUGGUAAUCGCAUUCUCGUCCACAUUUGUAUUCCAAGCUGGAUUAAUAUUCCUACUCGUUCGACGAUUCUCUUAUGCGCUGGUUGCAGCUUUGGUCUAUCUCGUUGUUUCUAUUGCUUUACACUACACUUCGUUGAAUGUUCGAUGGGAAAGCCCGACAUCGCCAAUAUCCUUGGACCCUUAUAUUCUGAUUCUAUACAUAGCUCAUAAAUUUUUGGCAGUUUUGUACUAUUCAACGUACAAACGCGCAGCUCUACUCUUGUCUGAUCCGAAAUACCACGGUGAUUCGGAAUGGCUGAGAACGAAGAUACGAGAAAGCACAUGAAAACAAUCAUGUGAUGCAUGUGCCAGGUUUUGUACUGCCAUCAUGAGCCUCCAGCUGUAACAUUGCAAAGUUUGUUGCCAACCAGAAACGGGUAGUUUCUAGCUGAUCAGGCAAAUAAAAGU